AUGUAUGCAUUUGGGUGGACCGAGCUGGGCUACUUCAACGACAAGGAGGACGAGCUCGUUCUCAUGCAUGCUAUGGCCCGCUAUCAUGCAUUCUUGGACCUAAUGAGCUCAUCGCUGAUGUCGUUUUUCGUGCCAAUGCUCGACAUCGAUCUCGUGUGGCACUCGCAUCAGCUCAUGGGCAGUCGGUACGCCAACGAGUGUGCACGGUAUUGUGAUGCGGAACGCGUUCGCACCGGGCGCAUGGACGCGAAUGCGUUCGAGCACAGGCGGGCGCACGACAUGGCAUUCCCGAUGCCCAUGCCAUUCUAUCACCCUAUCACGGUGUGCGUCAUCAUCGCUAACCCCGACCUCCUCGUUUGUGCAGGCAGCCGACACAUGAACGGCCAGGCACUGUUUGUUGUUUCCCGCUGCUCUGAUCUGCUGGUGCUUCCCUGCUUCAGCACUUCGGUUUAG